UUUUGCAUGUGUUCAGCUGCUCCAGCUGUCGGUCUCCCCACUCACUCUCUCAGGGUCACACAAGCAGGAGUUCAAGGGACCAUCUCUGUACGGGACGACCACCGCCAACAGCAGGACACACCGGACAGAAGAGACAGACGCAGGCGACUCAUCCGGACAGAGUCAUCCAUCCCAAUCCACGGCUGCUCCAAACAUCACAAAGUCAGCUGUCUCGCUCAUCUUUAAAACAGCUGCUACCUGUUUGGUAGCUGUGUGCGUGUGUGUGGUGCGCAUGUUGUGUUCCUGUCCCCUCUCCCACAAGUUAGUCUAUUAGUAUGCAGGGUGUUUGUGUGUCAAUCUUGUGCGUGUGCAUAUGUGUGUCUGUGCUCCUCCACAGUGCUAUUUCACAGCCGCCCACACAAACUGACACCUACACGGAAUGCACAGAUGGGUAUCAUUGGGACCCUCAAACAGAGCACUGCAAAGAUGUAAACGAGUGUGAAACCAUCCCAGACGCCUGCAAAGGGGAAAUGAAGUGCUUCAACCACUAUGGAGGAUACCUGUGCCUUCCCCGUUCUGCAUCAGUCAUCCCAGCCCCUGAACCCCCCAUCACGCCCACAGUGACCAACCCCUGCCCCCUAGGAUACGAGCCUCAGGGAGACAGCUGUGUGGACAUCGAUGAGUGUGAGCGAGACGAACAUGACUGCCAGCCCAGUCAGCAGUGCAUCAACUCAAUGGGUGCCUUCACCUGCCAGUGUCCGGACGGUUACCGCAAAGUUGGCACAGAGUGCAUUGACAUCGAUGAGUGCAGGUACAGGUACUGCCAACAUCGCUGUGUCAAUGUACCCGGCUCUUUCUCCUGUCAGUGUGAGCCUGGUUUCCAGCUGGCAGGAAAUAACCGAUCUUGCAUCGAUGUGAAUGAAUGUGAUAUGGGUGCUCCCUGCUCUCAGAGGUGCUACAACACAUAUGGCACCUUCCUCUGUCGUUGUGAACAGGGUUAUGAGCUUGGACCUGAUGGCUUUGCAUGUAAUGAUAUCGAUGAGUGCAGCUACUCCAGCUAUCUGUGCCAGUACCAGUGUGUCAAUGAACCCGGGAAGUUCUCGUGCGUGUGCCCUGAAGGAUACCAGCUGCUCGGCACCAGACUCUGCCAGGAUAUAAAUGAAUGUGAAACUGGCGAGCAUCAGUGCACUGACACACAGACCUGUGUGAAUAUCCAUGGCCGUUACCAGUGUGUGGACUCAAACCGUUGCCAGGAUCCGUAUGUACAUGUGUCCGAGAACCGCUGUGUGUGUCCUGUCAGCAAGCCUGCCUGUCGAGAACUGCCUUUCUCCAUCGUCCACCGUUACAUGAGCAUCACCUCGGAGCGCUCUGUCCCCUCUGACAUCUUCCAGAUUCAGGCCACCAGUGUCUCUCCAGGGGCUUACAACACCUUCCGUAUCCGUUCUGGUGACGAAAACGUAGACUUCUACAUCAGACAAAUCAAUAACAUCAGUGCCAUGCUGGUGCUGGCCCGUGCCGUGUCCGGGCCCAGAGAGUACACGUUGGACCUGGAGAUGGUGUCUGUCAACCCUCUGCUCAGCUACCAGGGCAACUACCAAAGCAGCUCCGCCCUCAGACUCUCCAUCUAUGUCGGGCCGUACAGCUUUUAAAGAGAACGAAGAAGAAGAGUGGAGGGGCACAGGGAAAGAUGGAGACAGCUGGGAGAGAAAACAACGGUUGGAAAAAAAGAAGGUGUAAAACUAAAUGCAAGUUCAACCAGUCACUGUGAUGUUACACUUUUAGCUUGUGUUGCCAAAGAAAGCACCCCACCUUAUUAUGUCACAGAAUAUGCACACAGUCAAUGCACAGAUGUUGUAGCACAGAUAAAUAACAGCCUUAAAACAGUGAAGUUCAAUGUGUUCCUUUGUGUUUAUGUUUUCUAAUCUCACAGCUUCUUUCUGUUGUCAGUGUGUUUGUUUUUCUUCCCCUCCAUUCAAGAUGACAUCAGAUCUUUGUUGCAUAUUUUCAUGUCUGCCUUCAGUUGGAGAGACUCAGGCUCAGUGUCACUACAUUAAUCUGUUCUCAUCUGUUUACAUCCUUGUCUCCAGUCCGAUCUGUAUGUCACUUUCUUCCUUGUUACCUGUUGACAGAUGAGAUUUAGUAACCACUCAGAUCAAACCUCACGCUCCUCCUCCACCCUCAACUGCUCACCCCUUUGUUUAAGCUCUCCAUCAUCACCUUUUGUAGGUUUGUCACAUUGCUGAUUGUGUUGUUUUUUAAGAUUUAAAUCCAAAUAAAACAAUAUACCUUUUA